GCUCGGCUUUGUUGUUUUCUGCUGUUUUUGUUGAUGGAAAAUCUUUUUUCUGUUUGUAGAUACUAGAUAAGACUUAAGUAAACUCCCGCAGCGGCUCUGGUUAUUGCUGGCGAUGGUGAAAAACAAACCACGCGAGGCUGAUGGUCCUGCAGACUCCAUCAUGCCAAAGGACUCAGACCACAAGGAGCCAAAGGAUGCCAGAGCUGCAGAUGUUCCUGAGGAGACUGUUCGACAGAAGGUCCAAGCAAACACCUCAAGCCCUCACAGGAGGAACUCUCCUCAAGCAAGCCCUCCUAGGUUUGUCUCUGUGGAGGAACUGAUGGAAACAGCUAAGGGAGUCACCAAUAUGGCCCUGGCUCACGAAAUAAUGGUCAACCAGGAUUUUGAAAUCAAACCCGCAGAGCCUCCUGAAGGAAGUUUGGAGCGCCAGGUAAAGGAGAUCAUGCACAAAGCAUUCUGGGAUUGCAUGGAAGCUCAGCUUAAGGAAGAUCCUCCGUCGUACGAACACGCCAUCAAGCUUCUGGCAGAGAUAAAAGAGACGCUGCUGUCUUUCCUCCUGCCCGGCCACGGCCGCCUGCAGGCCCGCAUUGAAGAAGUUCUGGAUCUGCCUCUGAUCCAGCAGCAGGCUGAGAAUGGGGCUCUUGACAUCGGUCAUCUGUCCCAGUUUAUUGUGGGGAUGAUGGGCUCCUUUUGCGCCCCCUGCAGGGACAAGGACGUCAACAAACUGAAGGAGAUCACGGAAAUCGUUCCUCUGCUGAAGGCCAUUUUCUCUGUGCUGGAUCUGAUGAAGGUGGACAUGGCUAACUUUGCUCUGAUGAGCAUCAGGCCUCAUCUGAUGCAGCAGUCGGUGGAGUACGAGAGGAACAAAUUCCAGCAGUUUCUGGAGAAGCAGCCAAAUGCUUUAGACUACACUGAGAAGUGGCUUGAGGAAACUGCAAAGUGCCUGAGGGAAUCGGAUGAGGAAGGCUGCGGUGCGGCGGAGUUGGCCUCACCCAUAAACGUUCAUAAUCGAGCUUAUCUUCGCCUGCUAAAGUGGGACCACGCUUCAGACCCCUUCCCAGAGACAGUGUUGAUGGAUCAGGUUCGGCUCCAGGAGAUGCAGCAGGAGGUGGAGCGCUUGGUUCUGUUGUCCUCUGUGCUGCUCAUUGUUUACACUACGACAGGAGAGGCCAUCUCAGGUCUGCCGGGACUGAUGGAGACACUCAAAACCACUGUUGGGGCCAUGUUGGCGGACAUGCACAUGCCAUCCUUUAAUGCACCAGAGGCCUUUGCAACCAUCGGCGAGAAGCUGUGUGUUGAGUUGAGUUCCUGUUUAAGCCGGCAUGGCUUCCCUCCAUUCUCUGCUGACAGCAGCAGCGGUCUGAAGGGACAAAUCUUAUCUGUCAUCCAACCGGACAACAAAGUCAGGGCACUUAUGGACUCCCGGGUUCAGAACUACUUGCUUGCCGUCUUGGAGUGUGGUCAGCAUCGUACCCCUCCUCUCCCCGGAGGUCUAACUCCUGUCAGCAAGGAGCUGAUGAAGCUUGCAGUUGGUUUCAGUCGUCUGGUCAACUUCAACAAACUGGUCUACUCCCCGUUUUACCAAAAGAUCCUUCAGAAUAUCCUGACACCAGGCGAGAGUCUCAACACAGAGACGUAAACCCCUCAGAUGGUGUGAGAGCAUUUCUGUGUUUCUAAUCGGUUAAGAAAACCAGCACGGCACAAUCCGCACCUUAAACUGACCCAAUGAUAAUAACUACUGGUUCUGUUACAAUUUCUCACAGUGUUUGUUUAUUAAAGACUGUGUCAGAUCUAGUCUCUGCUUAAGCCUCCUCUUGCUGUUGUAACAUAGCUUGCUCAUGGAAUGCACCUGUGUUUUAAAAGCAGUAUUUGUACUAGUUAAAACUUAAAGUCCCACUCCAAUCAUCUUUUGAUCUGUUGUAAAAGUGUUCCCAGUGGUCUCUUAAUUACGGUUUUGUCAUUUUUUGGGCAAAAUUUUAAAAAAUAGUUGUUUUCUAGGACGUAUUUUCUGCAGAGCAGCAGAAGUUCAUUAGGAAUUUGUGUUGUGAGCAGGAGAGUUGGCGCAGAUGUAAGCCUCCGUUGAUAUCCCAGCAUCCCUUUUGUUUACACUCUCUCCCACUAGCUUACAGCCUCUCACAACCCCAAGAUAACAUUACCGGCGCAGCAAAAAUGUCAAGCAAUAUCAGAGCUAUCCAGCCGGACAGUUUCGAGCUAGAUGUCAGCUCAGACAAAGAAAACAAAGACGUACUUAAAUCUAUUUGUCUGCACGUGAAUGCAUCAAAACGGAGUGGAGCAGUGAGACUUUUUCAAACAGCAUUUUUUUCAUCUGCUCAUGAUUCCUCUCCAUUUAAGAAAAGAAAUACUCAGUAAUGCAGUUUAAAUCUUAAAUUCUUUGAUAUAUGUCCUCCAUCAUGAGAAAAUUGCUACAAACACAUUUUAAAAACGCCAAAAACAGGAUUUUCAUUGGAGUGGGUCUUUAAAGAGCUUACAUCUGUCUGCAAACGUCGUACACUAAAAACAGCAUCAGAAUAAAGACGUUCACUCCUGAGUAGAAACGUAAAGUCUCAGAGAAUCUGUCACAUCAUAUCCGAAGUUGAUAUUAAGCUUACUUUUUACUUAUUUGACUUUUUUCUAAUGUGUUGGGGCAUUCUCUUGCAAAAUGGGACUUUAUCUGAGCUGGCACGUGAAUCUAAUCAUUGCUCUGCGGAGGAAAAUGUUCUAACAGUCGGAUUUUAAAGGUUAACCAAAAAGAUAAAUGUUUCAAAGAAAGAAUUCCAAAUUCUUACGUGGACUUAAAUCCCCUUUGUUGUGCGAAUGCGCAGUUUAGCGUCACAGCUUGUGCUGUUUUCAUUGCCUUUAAUGUGCACAAGUGCAGGAGAUUGAGCAAAGGAACGUGUUUAUUGUUUUCUUCUGUAAAUGUGGUCAUCAUUGUGCAUCAGAGGUGCCGGUCAGUGCUGUGUAUCCUCCAAUCCUUAAUCUUACUUGAGGUUUUUGGAGAACUUUCUGUAGAAGAUGAGAAUGCAGAACAGAAAAAAAGCCUGUGAUCCAACCCAAGACUUCAAAUGGUAUUUUCAAAAGCUGGUGAAGAAAAAAAUGGAGUUCAGAGGAUGUCAAAGACAAAGAAGUCAAGCAAGAGUUUUAUGAAACUGAAAAUAGACUGUUUGACAUUGUUCUAAGAUCAACAGACCUGUGAAUCUUAAGGGAAAUAAGAAAGAAUAUCGAAUGACAUAAACUGUUGCGAUUUUUGGAUUGUUUUUACCUUUUGUUAACUUAUUUUCUUGAUGGUUUGUGACUGAAACUACGCUAAGAGGAGGACAUUUCUAUUUAGUAUUUUCAACCUCAGACAUGGUCAUACGCUUUUCCCCGUCAUUCCCUGCAGGCAGAGUCGUGUUCCCUGUUCUGCAUAUGAACACAUUGACUGAUCACAUCAGCUGCUGUUUGUCUUUGGGUGUUAACGAAACACAAUAAUAAAGUAUUGCUUUACCCAUAA